UCUCUCUCUCUCUCUUCCGGGCCUCUCCCUCGCUCGACGUUGUACUUUCCUCGUGGUGGUGUGUCUCUCGUUCUUCUUUCCUUUCGGUUCUUUGACCUUGUUUCUUUGGGCUUGAGACAGUUAGCCUCAUGUAGGCUACACCGAUACGCCAAAACAGUUGUGAGUGUGAGUGUGAGCGUGAGACCGCGUGCGUGCGUGUCUCUGAGCUAAAUCAGCGGGGCUGUUGUCACACGAGUGGUAGGCUAGAACAAGGCUCAUAAACGUACAAACUGGGCACUCGGACUCAGAGGGACUCACGAGGAAUCUGCACUCAGCACUACAUGAUCCUGUCGGCUUAGUUUUCAGGGGUAAAAGCCAACUUUAAAUUACGCAAUAAUGGUUAUGAUGACCUCGACAAAAGGUCCCAUUUUUCAGAGUCUGAAGCUUAGAUCUAUGUGUAAAGUGACAAGAUUCGUGGAACCUCUAAAGGAGUAUUUACUCAUUAGAUGGUUGUGAGACAAGAUUUGUUCAGAAAGGAGCUCCUCAACGUGACACCUGACGACGAUCUGCUGGGCAGUCCUUAACCCUUUUUAAUCAUUAUAUUUUAGAUAGUAGAUACAUUGAUGAACGCCAGAUAUUGACCGACGAACAUACACAUUAUCACCUGAAAUUCCUUUCAAUUGUUUAUAAAGCCAGCUGAAUAACCACCAAGGUCAUACAUCAAAAGUCGUUAUAGCUCUUACUGAAAAUUAGUUAUGUUGCUUUGAAGAAAGUUUGUAAAAAGAAAAAAAAAUCAUAGGUUGCACAGAAAAUCAACAACAUAAUAUAUUAUAAAGCACGACAAGCGAGCCAUGCUUAAAAGUCCUUUAUAAACAACGCCCCCCCCCCCCCCUUCCUCUCGCCUACAAAAAAGUCGCACCAGUUCAAGUAUUAGACAGCGACUGAUGAAAAUACAAGGGUGGGCGGACACAGUACACAGCACAGCUACACGACAUACAGAGUGACACUCACAAACGCCGUGAAGGACUAUACAAUUAGUGAAUAGAGACGUAACAAAAGAAAUAUAUUCGCACACAUAUGUUACAAAGCUGAAAAGCCUACAAGUAUCUUAAGCUGACCAAAGUAGCUUCAAAUUGGACAAUCUUCAUUAUGGCGCAAGAAAAGCCGGUUCAAGAAAAGAGUAUUGCUGACUCCGAAAACUCUGGCCUGGAACCAGACACGAGUUUCGGGGCUGGAGAAACCAAACCUCACGAUCACACCGGAAAUGGCGUGGAGCCGGAGGACAAGACAAAGCUCCAGACAGGAAGUGAUGGUCUAAGAACAGAGGUGAGGGAGUGCGGCUACCCUAUUGACCGAGGAUGGGCGUGGCUGAUUGUUUUAGGUCUAGUAGGUAACCUCCUGUCUGAGCGAUUCACGUACCGCCGUGUGGUCUUUAUGGGCGGGAUCUUGGCCUGCCUGGGCAUGACUCUGUCGUCACUGGCACCCACUCCUGGCUGGCUCUACGUCACUUAUGGACUCAUUGCUGGAACGGGCAAUGGCAUGUCCUUCAGCCCUUGCAUUGUCAUGGUGGGCAAACAUUUCAAGAAGUACAGGAGUGUGGCAAAUGGCAUUUCCGUCUCCGGGGCGGGAGUCGGCGCUUUUGCACUUCCCAAUCUGCUUCGCUGGUUGCUAGGUACCUAUAGUUUGAGCGGAACGUUGCUGAUCCACGGUGGUAUCCUGCUUAAUGUCACUGUUUUUGCUAUGCUGCUCAGACCCCUGAGCUAUUAUCAGCAACGGCAGAGGUCAAAUGACACGGUCAGUAGCAGGCAAACGGCCCUCACACAAAACGGGGAAAGACUUACAAAAACGGACUCUCCAGAUUUUCAACCAUUGCUUGAUGGUGGUGGUCCGACAAAUAAUAAUGGGAUUACGAUAGAACAAGUAAAUGGUGUUGACUUAGAAUUGGAUGUUGUGGAGAAACAAACUCCAUCUACUGAUAAUAACAUCACUGUAGAGCUCAAGACACAUGAAUCUAAAUUAGACAAUCAUCAAGCGGGUGACAAUGCUUCGUCUCAUGAUAAAGCUCCUAUGAUCCUCGAAGCAGAAACUAAUUUGAACAAUCGGUCCAAUCAGAACUCGAGUUUGCUGCGGUUCCCUAGCAACAUUGACAUCAUGGUAUCAUCUUUGCAAAGCCUUCCUGACGCCGUCGCGAGGACUGGCGAUGACUCAGGCUCUCGUCCUGCUGAUGGUUCUCCUCCCGGCGGUCCCCGUCAUGGACUACUUUCUUGUUGUUGUUGCUGUAACAGAUCUGGCGGGAAAUCGUCGGGUCCGACAAUCUUCGACUGGACUCUACUGACCAACCCAGUAUUCCUCAUUUAUGCCAUCUCCGCCAGCAUGUCCACCUUUGCCUACUCCUCGUCUUUCAUGAUGCUGCCAGAUUUUGCUGUAGGGCACGGGCAGGAUAGGGACAGCGCCGCUCUCAUCUUGUCUAUGAUGGGCCUGUCCGAUAUAGUUGGUCGAAUACUGUCCGGCUGGCUGUCAGAUCGACCGUGGUGGCCCAGACGAUACGGCUAUGUGGCCUGUCUGGCUCUGAGUGGCCUCGUCAACGUCAUGGUGCGGUUCAUGACGUCAUUUGGCUCAUUGAUGGCGUACGCCAUCCUUUACGGCCUGUUCUCCGCCAAUUUCUGGGCCCUCAUCGCCGUCAUGUUGACGGAUGCGUUAGGCAUAGAGAGACUGAGCAGUUCUUUUGGCCUUACUACGCUUGCAAUGUCACCAGGAUUCUUAUCCAGUCCACCCUUAUGUGGUGCACUAAGGGACGCAACCGGCUCAUGGGACACUUCUUUUCUAUUAUGCGGGAUUAUUGUCCUUCUUGCUUCCACUUUCCCGUUGUUUCACCCAUGGGCUCAGAGAUUUGUUGACAAGCGAGAAAAGAGAAAAGGCAACAGUGACGUGGUUGUGUAGAAGUACAUUAUUGAUUUGGUAAUUGGUAACUGUAUGGAUUCAUCGCCCCAGUGCAGAGGGGUUUUUUUUUCCCCUCUCUAUUUUAAAGGAGGUGCGACCUUCGAAUGUAAAUUCCUUCAUCAAGACUGUGGUCUACAGGUUCGUGAAAUAAUACCCCAAAUGAGAAGCUAAGGAAGGUGGUGACCUGUAAUGGCAAGGAGUGGGGCACCAAAUUAUUGAAUGAAUAUCUCUACCAAACCUGUAAAAGUGAGAUUGCAGGUUUGAGGGUUCGAGCCUCUGCUCAGUCCGACGUUGUGUCCCUGUGAAAGGCAAUUUAUAUGAAAUUUCUUGUUUGGGCUCAGUCCUUCCAGAGAUGGACGUUAAACUCUGAGGAGGCCAAUCUCAUAAAUAACGUAUUAGUGUUGACAGGGGUGAUAAACCCAUACCAUUUGACAUUUCACAUAAUAAUAUUUUCCUUGGUCUGCUGGGGUGGUGUGUCCCACUCAACCCAGGUCAGGAGACUUCAAAAAGUUCAUUCAUUCUCAGUCAUCGCCAUCCCAUCGCUCUGACAGCUAAGUAGUUGUCAUUCUGGACAGUAGUGCAGAUAGUCUUUAUUCAAAGCCUUUUUAGGGUGCAUUUUUAAAACUUGAGCUGUAUGGAGAGUCUUUAAAACUCUCCACCCUAAUUUGCCUGCCCAGUUCAGAGAUGGAAGCUAAAUCUGGAGAUCCCGCAUCUGUAAUAACUUUUCAAAGUUUAUGGAGUUGUAAUAUCUAUACAAUGGAACUGGGGUUCAAUGAACUCGGAUUCAACAAAAACUCUGAUUCAACAAAAUAAGAAAGAUUCACUGUUUUUCUUUUUUUCUUUUCUUUUCAUUGAAAUCAGCAAAUUAACUCGAAUUCAAUAAACACAUAAACGAGCGAAUUAUUAUUCAAUGAAGUCACCAACCUUAUCUAUUUUGUUUCAAGAGACUAUCGAUCGCUCCUUCACUGUGGAACAUUACAUGCUUGGCCUGGCCUAUUGCGUAUACUGUAUGCGUCCGAUCAGAAGCAUUCUUUCACAUCAACACGUGCGUUGUUCAUACGCACGUAAAACAUGACGUGUCUUAGUGGGUGCCAGGGUCAAGAGAGAUUGGUUGUGUGGCUGUUAGUGCGUGAGUGAGGGGAUUUUCUUUUUAAUUUGGAUGGAGUAGAGGGGGAUGGGGUGAAAGGGGAGGGGGGGGGCGUAGGCACCAGUAUUUCGAGAGUAGAAAGUCACUUGAUAUAGAGACAAGUCACAAUCAUAUCCCCCCCCCCCAACCCCCGGCUAAUGCGUAAUGAAAGGUUAACCUAGAUAUAGAUUACCUGUAAUAAAAUGCGCCCUGGUCUGUGCUCACUUUGCCAUAACAAUCACUCGGAUUCAACGAAAUCGGAGAUUAAAUCUAACAAAUUCAUUAUUUCCGAGUUUCACUGUUCUAAGCAUGGACAAAAGUAUUUAAGUCACCGGUCGGAUUGAGUAAAUUUGAAUAUCUUGCGGUCUAAAGUAAGAGAAAACUAGAGGAGAUCGGUCGAAAAACUCAAUCUCUCAAAAGUGAGACUAAAAUUGACACUGCAGCAUUUAUCAUCCAAGGGCAUUUCAUGACAUAUGACAUACUGAUAUAUUGCUUUUAGCACAACGGGAAACCAUCGAUUUUGAAUUCCAAGACGGACAGUUUUUUUUUUUAUUAAACUUUUACUUAUUAAUUAUAAUCAACUCACUGCGGGGCCCAUUCAUUAUGAUUUAUCAUUGAGUCGACUAGCGGGCCAGACUGAAACUGAUUUUUUAAAAAAUAUCUGGCAUUUGCAUUUCACGGGUUUUAAAUGUCCAUUUAGUUCAACUGUUUUGCUUAGAGAUCUCAACUACAGAUUCUCACACUUUCAAUUGUGCAGAUUUAUGACCGUUUUAUGUUGUUUGAGCAUUCCACAAAUUUAGGUUUAUGAAAUGCAGGUUGUUUUUGUUAUAAUAUUAUAUUGUUUGUAUUUAUGUGCGUAAUAUAUAAAUAAUGUGUUGGGAAAAAAAUGAGUAUAUGUGUACUUGUAUAUAAUAAACAAAUAAUGUGCUUGUCAAGUCUGUUUUGCCAUUGUAUGUGUAACAGUGUACUUAUCAAUUUAAAUAGAAAGAUCUUUUAGGUCUUGAACUCGAGCAAAUACAUGGACAUGGUUAAAGCUGCUGGUUUUUUGUAGUUAGUUAAGCCAACAAGAAGCUGCUGUUUUGCUGUUUCAUUUACGUUGUUUUGUGAAAAAAAAAACUUCUUCGAAUCCUCCAUUCUUUAGUGUAUAUUGCCUUUGUAUUGUUGUUGAGAUUAAAUUACAAAGUCAUGGAGGCAGCCUGAAUUUGUUUGAGUGAAAUGUACUUUUUAUAGUAAAGGUUUCGAAGAAUCAUUA